AUGGCAGCGUCUUCAGGGAAGCGAAAGAGGGACAACAGCAAUGACGAUUCCGAAGAUGAGGGUGCCCUCCGCGCGCGCUUUCAGAAGGCGUUCGAAGCCAAAUUCCGGCCUCUAGACAUCAAGAAGCCUUCGCCACCACCAGAACCGGAUGAAGACGACCAUGAGGACGACGAAGAAUCGGAAGCAUCAGAUUGGGAAGGCCUUUCUGAUGACGAGCGGGAGGUGGAAGUGAUACAGCACGGCAGUGCGCGAAGUCCCGACGCUAUGGCGAUCGAAAGAGAGAAGAAGGCAUUCAUGUCAUCCAGACCACCGACCUCAAAGGACAGCUCUAGGAGGGAACCGCCGGUCAAAAAGGAUGCAGUUGUCGAAGACACAGAAGAGGCGGCGAAUCUCCAGCAUGACCUCGCCCUCCAACGAUUACUAAAAGAAUCACAUCUGCUCGACCGGAACUCAUCCACCGCGGCCAACACCAAUGUCGAAGGCAAAGGACGACUCAAAGCUCUCGACCUCCGGCUAAAGGACCUUGGUGCUAAAGCACCUAUUUCAGCGCAGGAGAAGAUGCCUCUGGCCCACCGCAAAGGCAUCACCGCAAAAUCUGCUGACCGGGAAGGUAAGCGGCGGCGGGAGGCGGCGGACAGCGGAAUCGUGCUAGAGAAAGCGAAGUUUGCGUCAAAGUACUCUAAGCCAAGGGAGAAGAGUGUUGGAGGGCCUACUGUUGGCAAGUUCAAGGGCGGAACGCUGAGUCUGGGGAAGAGCGAUCUAAGGGCGAUCCAAGGGCCGAAGAGAGGCGGUGGUGGGAGGAGGGGAGGGAAAAGAUGA